AUGUCGAACUUAUCAAAACUUCAAUUCACCUCACUUGAUAUCUCGGGUAACAACUACCUCCUGUGGACUCUUGAUGCUAAAAUCCAUUUGAUCGCAAAUAAUUUGGGGGAGACAAUUAUUGAUGGUAAUCAAACUUCACCUCAAGAUAAAGCGAAAGCUAUGAUAUUCCUUCGCCAUCAUCUUUACGAAGAUCUAAAGCGGAAAUAUCUAACUGUUGAGGACUCUCUUGAAUUAUGGACAAACAUCAAAGAACGUUUUGACCACCAGAAGUUGGUCUUACUCCCCAAAGCCCGCUAUGAAUGGCUUCAUUUACGACUACAGGAUUUUAAGACUGUCAGUGAGUAUAAUUCUGUCCUGUUCCGCAUUACAUCUGAACUUAAACUAUGUGGUGAGAAAAUUACUGAUGAAGACAUGCUUGAAAAAACUUUCUCAACGUUCCAUGCUUCAAAUAUGCUCCUGUCGCAGCAAUACAGGGAACGUCAAUCUACCAAAUAUUCUGAAUUGAUAUCAUGUCUUCUGGUCGCGGAGCAAAACAACAAGCUCCUACUACAAAACCAUCAAUCGUGA